AUGUCGACCGACAACAGAACACAGCUCCAGACGGCCUGCGCCAACGGUCAGGACAUCCUACGUGAGGUGACAGCCCGCGACCGGUCCAACGACGCCCGCCCCCUGAAUGUCUUCCGCUCGCCCCUGAGACCUUUCUGGAUCGAGCAGUCCGAUUCUAUCCUGUUCUACCGAGCCCGGAAAACAGGCUGCCUCAUCUCCCGCACCCAAGGAGAGGGCUUCCUGAUUCACAGGCUGCCCACGGACCACCCCUCCCUCUUCCGCUGGAGUGCCCCCUGCUUCGUCAAGCUGAGCACCACCGGGUUCGGCCUGGGCUUUGGUCGGGUGCACUCCGCCUCCUUCACGGUGUGCAUGAACUCCAGGGUGCGUGACACGCUGGAGGAGCACCGCCGGCGCAAGUUCUCGGGCCUGGACGCGCUGGUGGUGUGCGGCAGCCGGAUCAUGGACCAGGCCGACUUCAUCUCCGCCCCCGCCACCUCCUACGCCACCGUGGGCGCGCACACCGUGACCGGCGCCUCCUUCGACCUCUCCUUCGCCUCCGGUCAGCUCAUGGUGGAUGGCGAGGCCAACGCCGCCGCCUACGGCCUCGACGCAAGCGCGACCUCCAUCCUGGAGGGCAAGGUGGAUGUCCCCGCCGAGAUGCAGCCACUAUAUGGCGAGCUGGCGGAGAUUGUGCACAGCGUGGAAAGGGUGUCGGCCGCGCCCUCCCUCACCAGGAGCAGCCUGGACCGGGCCACGCUGGGGCAUGACCCCAACCAGGGCGUGGUCUUGGACGACGGCACGGUGAUACGCGAGGCCUGA